AUGCAGAAUCCAUGGAACGUAUACGCGCGUCUGAUGCGCCGUCAUCCAGCGAAGACACAGGUAUUAACCACGGCCACUGUACUGCUUUCGGGAGACUUGAUCGCCCAGAAGGUGCUCGAACGCCGGUCCAACGUGGAUGUGGUAAGGGCAGCGAGGUUCUUCGUGAUGGGCGUAGGAUUCGUCGGUCCCGUCAUCCGAAUGUGGCACCUCACUCUCGAACGCGUCGUUGGCAGCGGCGUCGCCGGGUCCUUAGUCUUCAGAAAGGUGUUGAUCGAUCAAGUCUUGUUCGCCCCGGUGUUCAUUGCCAGUCUCCUGGUUGUCCUUGGCACGCUCCAGCGACGUUCCUGGGACGACAUCGAAAAUUCGCUGCGAGCAAACUAUCUGCAAAUCCUUAAAACCAGCUACAUGCUCUGGCCAGCGGCGCAGCUCAUCAACUUCCGAUUCGUGCCCCUCAGCUACCGACCGCCGUUUGCCGGUUGCGUGGCUGUUGUGUGGAGCACCUACUUGGCCUGGAAGGCCAACAGAAUGCAGAACACUCAGCGUGCAGCAUUCGAUAAACCUACGUAG